AUAUACGUGCCUGUAUUGCUUCAAUACCUACUCAAUACUCCGACCGAUCUACUUGAAUCCCAAUACACACACAUUCUUCACUCUUCUCACACAUCAAUCAUAUACAUGCCAUACGCACAUACGUAACAUAACCUCUUUACUCAUACCAUGCAUACUCCCUCUUGGUAUAUUUGUUGUCUUGUCCAGCGGUCACUCUAGGACGUGCUUUAGAAGAUAUACAUACAUGCACUAGGUACCUUGUAAUAUUCCGACAUCAUUCGCCAUAGGAAGGAACCGUCCCCAAUCUUUUUUUUUCUGCCCAUUCAUUAGAUUGAGCUACCGCAGGUAAGAUUUAAACCCUUCAUAAACAUCUCCCCUUCCCUUCCCUUCCCUUCCCUUCCCUUUGCCCUCUCAACCUUGUCAAAACUCCGAAUUUUUACUUGGUACUUUGUUCACAGUUUAUUUUUCAUUUUCUCACAAUAUCCAAAGGGCUUUAGAAUUCAUUUCGGAGUUCCUAAUAGAAAUUUUUGAGUGGAUUUCGGGGUCCGUUCCUCGUCAAUUAUUUUACAUUCAACAACCAUUUUCUCAGCUGGGACAAGAUCCCUCCAGCUUCCCCUCCUACCUCCAUUCCCCGGCCUCAAUCCUAUCCUGUGGCCAAAUAUUCUCCUCUGCUCUUCAUUGAGCUCUGAAUCUCUCUCAAAUAUAUACGAAUCAAAAAUCACAAUGGCAGAACAACACACAAAUGGCACCGUGCCAAUAAUUUCCUCAACAAAUGGAGGUGGUAGCUCAUAUGCUGCCCGACAUAAUCUUGCGGAUCACUUUAUCGGCGGUAAUAAGUUGGAAAAUGCUCCAGCGAGUAAGGUUAAGGAUUUUGUAGCGGCUUCGGAUGGUCAUACUGUUAUUACAAAUGUAAGUAAAGGCUUUGGUAAUAUUCAAUUCAAUGACGCUCCGCUAGCCCUCCUGGGACACUGCCGUGGAGGCAGAAUGUUCUGGGGAGACGGAUCUAUAGUUCUAGUUUUCUAGCGCUGGGUGCUAUUGGGUUUUAGGGACUUGUCCUUACUCACCAUGCACAAAUUUUAGCUCGCUCCCUUGGUGCGGGGUUAGGAAGUCGGGGAUUUGCAGAACCGCAAUGCUUUUAGAGGAAUAUAACUAACAACCGGGGAACAGGUUCUGAUAGCAAAUAAUGGAAUUGCAGCAGUUAAAGAGAUUCGAUCGGUACGGAAAUGGGCUUACGAAACCUUCGGAGAUGAAAAGGCUAUUCAAUUCACGGUGAUGGCCACACCAGAAGAUCUUCAAGCCAAUGCGGAUUAUAUUCGUAUGGCAGAUCAAUAUGUUGAAGUUCCGGGUGGUACAAAUAACAACAAUUACGCAAAUGUGGAAUUGAUUGUUGAUGUGGCCGAGAGAAUGAAUGUUCAUGCUGUAUGGGCUGGAUGGUAGGUUUCCUCACAAUUGAGGUUUCAGAGCAGGAUUGUUCAAGCACAGGGAUUGACAAGUUUCUUAGGGGUCAUGCAUCAGAAAAUCCAAAACUUCCAGAAUCCUUAGCUGCGAGCCCGAAAAAGAUUGUGUUCAUUGGUCCUCCAGGUUCGGCCAUGCGAUCGCUCGGUGACAAAAUCUCCUCCACAAUCGUCGCACAACACGCUAAAGUACCUUGUAUACCUUGGUCAGGAACCGGUGUUGACAAGGUAGAAGUCAAUGAGGAGGGUAUCGUCACCGUUAAUGAUGAGGUGUACAAGAAGGGAUGUGUCCAAUCGUGGGAAGAAGGUCUUGAAAAGGCUAAAGAGAUCGGUUUUCCAGUUAUGAUUAAGGCAUCUGAAGGUGGUGGUGGAAAGGGUAUUCGAAAAGCUGAAUCCGAGCAAGGUUUCGAGGCCCUUUACAAAGCUGCCGCCAGCGAAAUUCCCGGUUCCCCUAUCUUCAUUAUGAAGUUGGCCGGAAAUGCCAGACAUUUGGAGGUUCAAUUAUUGGCUGAUGAGUACGGAAACAAUAUUUCGCUCUUUGGUAGAGAUUGCUCCGUGCAAAGAAGACAUCAAAAGAUUAUUGAAGAGGCUCCAGUUACUGUCGCUAAACAAGCCACUUUCCAGGCUAUGGAGAAGGCAGCUGUUCGUCUUGGUCGUCUUGUAGGAUACGUUUCCGCCGGUACCGUUGAAUAUCUGUAUUCGCACUCCGAUGACAAAUUUUACUUCUUGGAAUUGAACCCAAGAUUGCAAGUCGAACAUCCUACGACUGAGAUGGUCAGUGGUGUUAAUUUGCCUGCGGCUCAACUUCAAAUUGCCAUGGGUCUUCCUUUGCACAGAAUAAGAGAUAUUAGAUUAUUGUAUGGAGUUGAUCCUUCAACUACUACCGAAAUCGAUUUUCAUUUCUCUCAAGAGAAGAGCAUUCAAACACAAAGAAGACCAACGCCAAAGGGACACACCACAGCUUGUCGUAUCACAUCCGAAGAUCCGGGAGAGGGUUUCAAACCUUCAAGUGGUACAAUGCACGAGUUGAACUUCAGAAGUAGUUCUAACGUUUGGGGUUAUUUCUCUGUUGGUACAGCCGGUGGUAUCCAUAGUUUCUCCGAUUCUCAAUUCGGUCACAUUUUCGCCUAUGGUGAGAAUCGAUCGGCAUCGCGAAAGCAUAUGGUUGUUGCUUUGAAGGAAUUGAGUAUUCGUGGUGAUUUCAGAACUACCGUCGAAUACUUGAUUAAGCUCUUGGAAACCCCUGCUUUCGAAGAUAACACCAUUACAACUGGAUGGCUUGAUGAACUUAUCUCUAAUAAAUUGACUGCUGAGCGACCAGACCCUAUGCUUGCAGUUGUUUGCGGUGCUGUGACCAAGGCCCAUAUCGCCAGCGAGGCUUGUAUUUCUGAAUACAGAACUUCUUUAGAGAAGGGUCAAGUUCCGUCGAAAGAUAUCCUCAAGACCGUUUUCCCCAUCGACUUUAUUUAUGACGGUCACCGAUACAAGUUCACUGCUACUCGAUCCAGCUUGGACAGCUACCAUCUUUUCAUCAACGGAUCCAAAUGCUCGGUUGGUGUUCGUGCUUUGAGUGAUGGUGGUCUCCUUGUUCUUCUCAGUGGACGAUCUCACAAUGUUUACUGGAAGGAAGAAGUUGGUGCUACUCGUUUGAGUGUUGAUAGCAAGACUUGCUUACUUGAGCAAGAGAACGACCCAACGCAACUCAGAACUCCAUCUCCAGGAAAACUUGUCAAGUUCACUGUCGAGAACGGAGAACACAUCAAAGCCGGACAGGCAUUUGCCGAAGUUGAAGUCAUGAAGAUGUACAUGCCUCUGAUUGCCGCUGAAGAUGGUAUCGUACAACUCAUCAAGCAGCCAGGAGCAACUCUUGAGGCUGGUGAUAUCCUUGGUAUACUUGCUUUGGAUGAUCCAUCUAGGGUUAAGCAUGCCCAACCUUUCUUGGGACAUCUUCCAGAUCUUGGACCACCUCAAAUUGUAGGUACCAAGGCGGCUCAACGCUUCGUACUCCUCCGUAACAUUCUCAACAAUAUCCUUGAUGGUUUCGAUAAUCAGGUCAUCAUGGGUUCUACAUUGAAGGAGUUGAUUGAGGUUCUCAGAGAUCCAGAGUUGCCAUAUGGUGAAUUCAAUGCUCAGUUCUCAGCUCUUCAUGCAAGAAUGCCCCAAAAAUUGGAUGCUAAUUUGACUCAAAUCCUUGACCGUAGCAAGGCCCGCAAUGCUGAAUUCCCAGCCAAAAAUCUGUCAAAGGCUUUGCAAAAGUUCUUGGACGAGAAUGUUGCACCUGGUGAUGUCGAUCUUCUUACCGCAUCUCUUGCCCCAUUGAUUGAGAUUCUCAACCGAUACCAAAAUGGACCAAAAGCGCACGAAUUCGCCGUCUUCUCCGGUCUCCUUCAAAAGUAUGCAUCCGUGGAGCGUCUCUUUUCAGGCCGCACUUCCCGAGAUGAGGAAGUUAUUCUUAAGCUCAGAGAUGAAAAUAAGGAUGACAUCGCCAAGGUUGUUCAAACUGUCCUGUCGCACAGCAGAGUUGGUGCAAAGAACAACUUGAUUCUCGCAAUUCUCGAGGAGUAUCGACCAAACAAGCCAAAUGCGGGUGAUGUUGCUAAGUACCUCAGAGCUCCUCUCAAGAGUCUUACCGAACUUGAGUCUCGUCAAACCGCCAAGGUUUCUUUGAAGGCUCGUGAGAUUCUUAUUCAAUGUGCUCUACCAUCUUUGGAGGAGCGUGCCGCACAAAUGGAGCAUAUCCUUCGAUCUUCCGUUGUCGAAUCAAGAUAUGGUGAGACCGGAUGGGAGCACAGGGAACCUGAUCUUGAGGUUCUUAAGGAGGUCGUUGACUCGAAGUACACUGUCUUCGAUGUCUUACCAAUUUUCUUCGGCCAUAGUGAUCCCUGGGUGUCUCUUGCAGCUCUUGAAGUUUAUAUCCGUCGUGCCUACAGAGCCUACUCUCUACAAAAGAUUGAGUACCACAAUGAAAGUGCCGACCCACCUUUCAUUGUGUCAUGGGACUUUGUCCUGAGAAAGGUUGGAGCUUCAGAAUUUGGAAUGCCAAUUCAAUCCUCUGCUCCCUCCACACCAGCGACUCCUUCAUAUGAAUCCGGUAACCCAUUCAAACGUAUCAGCUCUAUCAGUGAUAUGACUUACCUUACCAACAAGCCUGAUCACGAGCCAACAAGAAAGGGUGUAAUUGUUCCCGUUCAAUAUCUCGACGAGGCUGAAGAGUACUUGCAACGAGCCCUUGAGGUCUUCCCAGUUGCUGGUAGUAAGAAGAAGGGUAAUGGUCUCUUGCCAGAACUUGGUGGCAAGCGCAAGGUUGCACCUCCACGUCUCGAUACCGAAGAUGAGCUUACUGCUGUGUGCAAUGUUGCUAUUCAAGAUGCCGAAAGUCUUGAUGACAAUGAGACUGUCGCUAAGAUCAAACUGAUUGUCAACGAUUACAAAGAAGAACUUCUCAACCGUCGCAUUCGUCGUCUUACAUUUAUCUGCGGUCACAAGGAUGGUUCGUACCCUGGAUACUACACAUUUAGAGGCCCCAACUAUGAGGAAGAUGAGAGUAUUCGUCACAGUGAGCCCGCUUUGGCUUUCCAACUUGAACUGGGAAGGCUUUCUAAGUUCAAGAUCACCCCUGUUUUCACCGAGAACAGAAACAUCCACAUUUAUGAGGCUGUUGGAAAGGAAGCUACAAGUGACAAGAGAUAUUUCACUCGUGCUGUCGUUCGUCCUGGAAGACUUCGUGAUGAGAUUCCUACUGCCGAAUACUUGAUCUCCGAGUCCGAUCGAUUGAUGAAUGAUAUUUUGGACGCUCUUGAGAUUAUCGGAAACAACAACUCUGACCUUAACCACAUUUUUAUCAACUUCUCACCAGUUUUCCCUCUUCAACCUCCUGAGAUCGAACAAGCUCUUGGUGGUUUCUUGGAGCGUUUCGGUAGACGUCUUUGGAGACUCCGUGUUACUGGUGCUGAAAUCCGAAUUAUUUGCACGGAUCCCUCUACUGGCAUGCCAUAUCCUGUUCGCGUUGUCAUCACCAAUACCUCCGGCUAUGUCAUUCAAGUUGAGAUGUACGCUGAGCGUAAAUCCGAGAAGGGUGGUGAGUGGGUCUUCCAGAGUAUCGGUGGUACCACAAAGAUUGGUUCCAUGCACUUGAGACCAGUAUCUACUCCUUAUCCAACCAAGGAAUGGUUACAGCCAAAGAGAUACAAGGCUCAUCUUAUGGGUACUCAAUACGUCUACGAUUUCCCAGAGCUAUUCAGGCAAGCCAUUCAGAACAGUUGGGUUAAGGCUGUUCGCAAGCACUCUUCUUUGGCUGAUAAACAACCACCUACUGGCGAAUGCAUCGAGUACAGUGAGCUUGUAUUGGAUGACAAUGAUGGUCUUGCUGAGGUCUUGCGCGAGCCUGGUACCAACACUCAUGGUAUGGUUGGUUGGCUCGUAACCGCCAAGACACCAGAAUAUCCUCGAGGCAGAAAAUUCGUCAUCGUCGCCAAUGAUAUCACUUUCAGAAUUGGUAGUUUCGGACCCAAGGAAGAUCAAUUUUUCCACAAGUGCACGGAACUUGCAAGAAAGAUGGGCAUUCCACGUAUUUACCUUUCUGCAAACUCUGGUGCUCGUAUCGGUAUGGCUGAAGAACUCAUGCCUCAUUUCAAGGUUGCUUGGAAAGACCCCGAGAGACAAGAAGCUGGAUUCAAGUACCUUUACUUGGAUACCGAUACCAAGAAGAGAUUUGAGGAUGGCAAGUCUAAGGAUGUUAUCACCGAGGAGAUUGUCGAAGAUGGUGAGACGAGACAUAAGAUUGUUACCAUUGUUGGUGCAGAAGAUGGCCUUGGUGUUGAGUGUUUGAAGGGUUCUGGUUUGAUUGCUGGAGCUACUUCAAGAGCUUACGAGGACAUUUUCACCAUCACUUUGGUAACUUGUCGUUCAGUUGGUAUGUAUUUUCUUCUGAGGUUUAUGGUCAUUUUUGCUAACGCUUUUAGGUAUUGGUGCAUACUUGGUUCGUCUUGGUCAACGUGCCAUUCAAAUCGAAGGACAACCCAUCAUUCUCACCGGUGCCCCUGCCAUCAACAAACUUCUCGGCCGUGAAGUUUAUACCUCCAACUUGCAACUUGGUGGUACCCAAAUCAUGUACAAGAAUGGUGUCUCUCACAUGACUGCCAAUGAUGAUUUCGAGGGUGUUUCCAAGAUUGUUGAGUGGAUGGCUUAUGUGCCUGAUAAGAGAAAUAGUCCUUUGCCAAUUGGACCUGCUGCUGACACUUGGGACCGCGAUAUUGUCUACACUCCACCUGAGAAGCAACCUUACGAUGUUAGAAACCUCAUUGCUGGUAAGGAAGACGACGAAGGAUUCAUGUCUGGUCUCUUCGACAAAGACUCUUUCGUCGAAUCCCUUGGCGGUUGGGCAAAGACUGUUGUCGUCGGUCGUGCUCGUCUUGGUGGUAUCCCAAUGGGUGUCAUUGCUGUCGAAACUCGCUCCGUUGAAAACAUCACACCAGCUGAUCCCGCAAACCCUGAUUCGACUGAACAAAUCACUAAUGAAGCUGGUGGUGUAUGGUAUCCUAACUCUGCUUUCAAGACCGCUCAAGCUAUCAAGGAUUUUAACAAUGGUGAACAAUUACCACUGAUGAUCCUGGCCAACUGGAGAGGUUUCUCUGGUGGUCAACGUGAUAUGUACAAUGAAGUUCUCAAGUAUGGAAGUUAUAUUGUCGAUGCGUUGGUCAAAUAUGAGCAGCCAAUCUUCGUUUACAUCCCACCGUUUGGUGAGCUUAGAGGUGGUUCUUGGGUCGUCGUUGAUCCUACCAUCAACCCAGAGUACAUGGAGAUGUAUGCUGAUGAAGAUGCUCGUGGUGGUGUUUUGGAACCAGAAGGUAUCGUCAACAUCAAAUACCGCAAAGAUAAGCAAUUGGAGACCAUGGCCCGUCUCGAUCCAGAAUACGCCGAACUCAAGAAACAAUUACUAGACAACUCUCUUGGUCAAGAAAAGUUGUCUGAGAUCAAGCUUAGGGUUGAGCAGAGAGAGAAGGCAUUACUUCCUGUCUACACUCAAAUCUCACUUCAAUUCGCUGAUCUCCACGAUCGUGCUGGGCGUAUGAAGGCAAAGGGUGUCAUUAGAGAUUCAUUGAAGUGGAGAGAGGCCAGAAGAUUCUUUUACUGGCGUGUACGAAGACGUGUCAACGAGGAGUACAUCCUCAAGCGCAUGUUAUCCGCGAACUCGAAAUCACCAAAUGGUACCAGACCAGAGAACUUGAGAAAGCUUGCUGCCUGGACUGGUAUCCCAGCUUUCGAAACUGAUGACAAGAGUGUAGCUAUGUGGUACGAGGAGAACAGAAAGGUGGUUCAUGAGAAGGUUGAACAUUUGAAGAUUGAGGGUGUAGCUGCUGAGGUCGCGGCAUUGCUUAGAACUAGCGGACCGGGUGCUAAGGGAGGAUUGAGUGGUGGUGCUAUGGCUGGUAUCAGACAAGUUUUAUCUAUGUUACCCGUAGAAGAGAGAGAGGAGGCAUUGAAGUUUCUGGGGAAGUCUUAGGAGUUUCAUGACUCGGGCGUGGUUUAGGGGAAAUCGAUAAGAUAAUAUGACUAUACGGUCAUGAGGCAAGAUGGGACGGGGAACAAUGAUAAUGAUUGUGGGAUGCGGAAUGUGGAACAAUGAAUAGUUAGUGCUGUUAAAAGAUAGAGGAUGGCUAUCAAAGGACUAGAGGAUGAAACAACUCUUUGUACUGUGUAUUACAAUUUCUCUCGUUUUAGCCAUGCUUCUGGUUUUUGAUAAAUGGAUGGAUGGACGCCUGAUGAAUUUUAAAGCACUGCACCGCGUUGCGAUGGUAGAAAUAGCAUAUAGCAUAUCGAUAUUUUUAGAUUCACGUACUUUAUCACUUGUUCUGGUUUUGUG